UAGCAAACUAAUUACAAAGAAAAGAAUGGAUACCACAAAGGAUCAUCAAAAUGUUGUUACCUUAGAUGUCCAUGCUGCCAAAAAUUUGUUACAUUCAUCUGGUUACAAUUAUCUUGAUGUGAGGUCAGUGGAGGAAUUCAAUAAAAGUCAUGUUGAGAAUGCUAUUAAUGUCCCCUAUAUGUUCAACACAGAAGAAGGGCGUGUGAAAAAUCCGGAUUUUGUUAACCAAGUAGAAGCAGUAUUUAAGAGUGAUGAUCAUUUAAUUGUCGCUUGCAAUUCUGGAGGAAGAUCAAGUCGAGCUUGGGUUGAUCUCAAUAAUUUUGGAUUUAAACAUAUUGUUAACAUGGGAGGAGGCUACUCUGCAUGGGUGGAUGCUGGAUUUGCAGGUGAUGACAAGCCUGCAGAGGAACUUAAAACAGCUUGCAUGUUCCGUCCAUAAUUUUAUUUUGUAUUUCCCACAAAGCCUACUAUAUAUGGAAAUCAUGUAAUAAUUUAUAUAUAUAAUAUCUCUGCCUGUAUUUUUUUGUGCUUUUUACAACU